CACGGAUGCUCCGGUGACCGAAUAAGGAAGCUGACACCCGAAAGAUUAGUUUCAGAUGAGUUUUUAAUUUGAAGCAGACGAAGGCUGCCGUGUGUUUGCAGAGUCCUCGCAGCGUGGGGAAAGUCACCGCCGCCUAUGACAUCAGUGUGAUGUAGUUGCUGCUGUAGUUUCUUGAGGAAAGAGGAAAGAGGAAGCAGUUCCGCCCAGAAGCUGACUGGAGGCCGACGAGAAAAGAGCCGAAAGAAGAAAAGAAAAGGCGACGGCGAUUGCUACAGUCCCGCUUUAAGGCCGAACUCACAGCAAAACCCCGUCGUUAGCAGGCUUACUGCGAGACCUGGAUUUAACGCGCCUGUGAGGUCCUGCGGCUGCUGUGAGCUCGGAGAGGUUCUGGUCCGGACUAAAGAGCUGAAAAUGAGUGGAGACGAGGAAAGAUUCAAACUGGUGGUUGUGGGGGGAGGAGGAGUGGGAAAGAGCGCCCUUACCAUCCAGUUCAUCCAGUCGUACUUUGUGUCCGACUACGACCCCACCAUUGAAGACUCCUACACCAAGAUCUGUACCGUGGAUGGAAAGGAGACCCGGCUUGACAUUUUGGAUACAGCAGGUCAGGAGGAGUUUGGUGCGAUGAGGGAGCAGUACAUGCGGUCUGGAGAAGGCUUUUUACUGGUGUUUGCACUCAAUGACCGCGGCAGCUAUCAUGAAGUCCAGAAGUUCCACACCCAGAUCCUAAGAGUGAAAGACAGAGAUGAUUUUCCCAUGGUGCUGGUUGGAAACAAGGCAGACCUGGAACAGCAAAGAGUGAUACCCAAGGAGGACGCACAGGCGUUUGCCAGAGAGAACAGGAUCCACUACAUGGAGGCCUCGGCGAAGAAUCGCUUCAAUGUUGAUGAAGCCUUCUUGGAGCUUGUGCAUAUUAUUAGACGGUUUCAGGAGAUGGAGAGCCCUCCUCCAACUCAUCACACGGGGAACGAGAAAAGACGUGGCUGUCCCUGUGUCAUCCUUUAAGCACUAUUAUUAUGAAUACCAAAGCCUCAUUCCUCUGCAGAAAGGUGUUUUUUGUGUGUACAUAUGAGUGUGUAUGUGUCUUUGAAAGAGAGCGCGAGAGAGAAGGUGGAUCAGUUUCUUUCCAGAUGAUUACAUUUGCACUUUUGUUAAAAGCAACAUUUAAUUUGGUUUAAUUUUUUAAAUUUUAGGUAGAGAGUUGAAAGGAAGAGGUGUGAGCAGCAGCAGGGCGGCACUUGUGACGCAGAUUAAUAAUAAUGUUACAACACAAAUCAUAAUUUGUGUCCACAAAUAGAAACAUCACCAAAACAUGUAGUAUAUAAUUCACUUUUCAGUGAUGCUGUUUUAAACAAAUCCAGAUAUCAGCAUCUGCAACACCACGGCAUCCAUAACGGUCUGAAGAAAUGACAUUAAAUGUGCUAUGUGCAAAAAUUAGCAUGUUAUAAAUGAUCAUAAAAAGUGCUGAUUUUCCCCUUAGCAUGGCUUUGUAUGUUAAGUCGUAAGAUCCAAAGCGAUGCCAUUUUCCAUGCCCUCCUGCAGGGGGCAGGAGAGCUCCAAAGAAGUAUUAUUAUUCAAGACAAAAAGAAGAAUCAUAGCAGGAGCUACAGUCAGUCUUAAAAGACGAACAAGAUUGAAUACAUCCAUGAAUAACAGAUGUCAUUUAAGAUCCUGAUCAAAUAAUAGUAUUGGCCAUGUGCUGUGCGAUGGCUGUAUCGUUGCAUCGUGGUACUCUAUACUAUGUAUUUGGGGCGUUUUGUACUUUUUUUUUGUAUUUCUCUACUUUAUCAUUGUAAUUGUGAAAAUGCAGUAUAAGCGUUUUGAGUGCUCCAGUAUAGUAGAAAGUGCUAUAGAAGAACCUGUCCAUAUACUGGAAGAGUGUAGUCACAACUUCGUGGGUCUCCAGCGUGAUGUCCUAAGAACAGCUGAGAUACUGAACAGAACCCGAAAAUAUAUUGAAAUAAGUCACUUUUAUAAACUAUUAAAACAUUUAUCUGAA